ACCCGGUAAUCUAGUGGACUAUUUAUUAGCACAUCCCACUACGAAAUCCAAUUCUAUCGUGCAAAUUGAUACACUAUGGUCCGUUAUAAUUGAUGGUCUCUCUGAUGUAUGGCCGCCAACUCGUACUUCUUUAGGUGGUGUAUCGCUUGGCGACGUGUGGCCUUGCGAUGUUCUGAAAUCAUCUUCAAAAGACUCGCAAGGUGAUGAGGAUGAAAGUGAACGUUUAGUGCCAUUUCACAAACUCUCACAGUGGCUCACUUAUUCUCUUAUGGAGCCAAUGACAAAAAUUCUCGAUAUCAAAUUCGAGGGAGUGGAAAAUUUAACGGGAUUACCAGAAUAUCGAAAUGGCGGUCUUUUUGUGGAUACUGGAUUAUUGACUCUCAAGGAGGCGGAUCGAGCGCGCGGAAUUUCCUAUUUCAAACAAAAUUUCCCAGAAUCAAAUGAUAACGACGAGAUUGUUCCUCUAUUUGAAGCAAGCGAUCCUGUCAUCAUUGAAUGGCGAGCAAUGACUGUCAUUCUAUUGGAUAAGGUAGCAGAGAAGAUACGAGAAAUUCUUGCUGAAAAUUUAACGCUCGCGCAAGUUCUUGAGGCUGGUACUUGGAAAGCUGGUAGAGAAACUGCACAGAAAUUAAGGCCUAAAACCAAAGGUCCGCCAAUUUCUAUCAAAUCUGAUGGAACU